UCCUUUUUGUCCUUCAAAACCACCCCACUCAACUCAGGGAACCUAAAAUUUUUUUGAGUACGAAACACGUUGUACUAACCUGCGACGCGCUUCUCCAUCUUCUUGUUGAAUAACUGAAUCCCUACAGUCCAAGCCGCCGACGCCCAACUUUUCCGGGCACCCAGCCCACAGCGCAAAACAGGAAGUGGAUGUGAUGUGUAAACAUACCAUAUCACACGACCAGAUAAAUUGGUAGUCGGCCUCUUGUUUGGGAAUCAGAGGCUACAAACAAUCUUAAAGGUGUUGUAUUGUGUGGACACAACGAUCAUGCCAGCCUCGAUGGACACAAGCUCAGGUGUAACUCUUGCUGAAGUCAACCUAGAGUCAAAAAAGAAGAGGAGGAGGAGGAGGAGAAAACGGGGGAAGGGACAGGCUACUGAUAUUGAAGUAGUACAAAAUGCGGGUCAAGUGGAUCAGAAUGUGGAUGGACACAUUAGCACAAAAGCUGAGGGUAGUAAGCCAGAUGCCAAUUUGGAUGUGGAUUCAACUCCCAAACUGACUCAGGAACCCCAAAAGCCAGAUAGUGUGCCGACCACAGAUCCUUUGGAGAAGUCUGUGUGCACGAGAAAGAAAAAGAAGAAACAGAAGGCAACAAAAAAGGUUGAUGGUGUUUAUGGACCCCAAGGCAUGGAUCAUGCAGAUAUCUUAUCAAAUCUGAGUUUGGCUGAUGCAUGUAAUCAACCAACCAAUGGUACAAUAAACCGAAUAAUGACUACAGAUCAAGAGCCUGGGAUUUCUAUGACAAAAGAAUCAGUAAUACCUCCCUUACAGUGUGCGAACAAUGCAGAAUAUCUCUCCAAUGUUGCCAAUGGAGGACUCAAUGUACUGGUUGUUCCACGCCACAUGGCAGCAAGAUCACCAGUAUGUUCAAGAAGAAAACUCCUCAUUCUUGAUAUAAAUGGGCUACUUGCAGAUAUAGUCAUGCCUCCGCCACUGGACUGUAAAGCAGACACACACAUCUCAGGACGAGCAAUUUUUAAGAGACCUUUUUAUUAUGAUUUUCUGAAGUUUUGCUGUGAGAGAUUUGAUGUUGGAAUUUGGUCCUCAAGGUCUAAGAGGAUCAUUGAUAGAGUGGUUGACUACUUGUUGGGAGAUCUGAAGCAUAAGUUGCUAUUUUGUUGGGAUAUGUACCAGUGCACUGAUACAGGGUUCAGAACACUAGAAAAUAGGCAUAAGCCAUUGGUUUGCAAAGAGUUGAGAAAGCUAUGGGAAAAAGAUUACCCUGAUCUUCCUUGGGAGAAAGGAGAUUAUGAUGAAUCAAAUACUUUACUGGUGGAUGAUUCUCCAUACAAGGCCUUGCUCAAUCCUAUUCAUACUGGGAUAUUUCCUCAUUCUUACUGCUACAGAGACACAAGUGAUAAUUCUCUAGGACCUGGAGGUGAUCUUCGAGUUUAUUUGGAAGGCUUGGCACUAACUGAACAUAUACCGAAGCACAUUGAGCAGCAUCCAUUUGGUCAAAAAGCUAUUGAUGAAACUAGCUCCUUAUGGGGCUUCUACUCCAGAGUGCUCCACAGGCUGUCUGGGCAAUCUAUCAGAGAUACUGAUCCUUUGUCAUUUUCUUACGUAUGAAGCUGCCCUUUGGUGUUGCUCAAGUGAGUUUUGGCAAUUAAUUUGAUUUCUGUUUUAAGGGGAGAAACCAUGGUAUAAACUUGCAUAAGGUGAUGAUUUUUUUUUUGUCAAUAACACACAAUAGAGUUUAAUUGAGCUCAAUAGUCAACAAAAAUUUUUACCAGCUCGCCACCUGAACGUUUUUGCUUGUGGGUGGUCAUACCCAAGAAUUAGGCGUAGCAGUGAAAGUAGUGGAUCUUGGUAUUUAGCCAUUGGUGUUGUAACUUCUAUUGUUGUAUUGAAAUUUUUGGAUAUUGCCAUACAGCUUCAUAAUUUUGAUAUUUUGGUGAUGGUUGAAGAUUUUGCUCUUAA